AUGGAGAACUACCACCGUGUGAAAAGGCCCAUGAGUCCACCACCAUCAUUGAUUGCCGCCGCAGCCUUUUUCAUAUUUUGCUCUUUCGCGACAGGUGUUGAACCGAAAGAUGGAGCAGCGUCCACGGCUUUUGUUAAUAGGCAGUCCUCUCCUGCUGCCCUCCCAGACACAGGGGAGGCAAUCGAAUGGCGCUCCCACACUGCUAGUUCCAGACAGUCAGAGGACAAUGCCGCGGGAAUGCAGUCGGUGGUACGGAGCACUGGCCUGUCACAGUCAGGCCAGCAUGCGGUCCAAGACGCCCUGGACCGGCGUGACUAUACAGACGAUCGAAGAGAAAAGGACGAGAGUGGAGAAGGAGAAAAUGACCAAUCGCGGGACACUCAAACUGCGCCUGGUGCUCCGAACGAGGGGGGCAAAAGCCGAAAAGCACUUGAAGGUGCCUCCAGCGGCGCACGCCAGCGAGAGCAAGUGGCAAAACACGACGUUGAUGCUAAAAGGCCUCUUACGGCGAACAAUAUGGUACGGCCUGGUGCUGGAGUACCCAGAUUUGCUUUGAAGGUUCCAGAGGGUAGAGGGCAAAAGAUGAAGGCCAAACCGGACUCGCAAUCACCUGCAACUGGAACGAUUCAGGCAUCAGACUCAGCUGCGACAUUGCCCGUCGACAGCACUGCCGAACAUUCUCGACACGCACUUCAGCAAGAGCAGAUCACUGAAUGGGAACUUGCGGAACCGCGACGAAAAUCGAACGCCGCAACAAGAAACUUGACGACAGCGCAGUACGACACGGCAGUCGUUCCCCCGGAAGCGACUCCAGACGCAUCGGGAGAAGAACAAAUGGUCCGCCCCGUCGUGGUUGCAGCGCAAGCAGAGUUGAGAGGCCGCACAGACGGAAAAACGACCCCAUGUAACGUGUCCGUCGCUGGUGUUUCCACGGGACAGCAAGCUGCAGUUGAAGGAUGUCUAGACGGAAGCGAGACCCGCGGUGAAGGCGAUACUGGAGAAACAGGCACUACAGUCUCUUGGCUACACAAGAAAAUGUUAGGCGAGGAAGACUCUGAUGGUACAGCGCCUGAGAGGACUCUGCCUUCACACGUACUCUCCUUGCGUACAGAGGGCGAAUACGAAAACACAACAAAGGAAUACUUCGAACUAGGGAAAAUUUUUCGAGAGGACAGUUCAUUGAUGCCGCGGACCUACACUCGGCAAACCAAUCUGGAGGAGAAACAUUAUUUGCGACCGAGAGACAGAGUCACUGAAGAGGGGAAGAAAACACAACCUCUAUCUGAGGAGCCAUUAUUACACCGAGAGCUCUUGGAGGAAGGAAAUCAAAACGACAAGCUCCUGAAAAACUAUGGCGAAUCUGCGGACACGGCUGCGACGCCAGAGGAGCACCAAAUGAACCCAGUGGCACCCACGUACGAUAAGAGAAAGAACGACGUGUUUCAGCGACAGCACAUGUCUACGCCUAGCGAGCAGUUGAAGCUUACGAAGGAAGGCAGUUCUGCUGGUUCUCACGUCCCCGAGUCUUCGUCAGAACCAGGGGGUCAACGUGUGCCGGCAUCGACCAGGGAAGCCUACGGGAGCGAGCACGAUAGCGGAACCCUGGCAUCAAGCCACGUGCAGAAAGAUGUGGCAUCGACGAGCGACAACGGGCUACCAAGGAUUGAUGAAAUGGACCAAAAACUGCAACUUGGGAAGCAAGACGUCUCCGGCACAGAAGAAGCAGAAGGACACCAUCAGCGUCAACCUGAGGAGAGUGUUAAUGGAGACUCGGAGCCUAUCGGUGGGGGAACCCCCGACGAAAGGGAGAGUAUUCAUCUCUCGCAGGAUGGAGUGGAAAAAGGCCCUUUACAGGCGUUGCAGCAAGAUGGAGGUGCCGGUGGGAAAGAGACCUCCUCGCCAGAAGCGGCAGAAGGAUCUGCUCUGAAAGAACCUCAAGCCGGCCCAUCGUCCAGUUCAGGUGACACAGUGCUUUUUCAACAAGUUAGCGGCUUCCCGCUCUCAUUAGAAUUCAGCAUUUCCAGCGUCGCCUCAUCCGAUCCCACUGUGGACAAUAAUGCGGAAAGACACCGAAGCCGACCGAAUGUUAGCAGCUCCAAAGAUGAUACAGAGCAACAAAGCAGUGAUCAGCGAAGACCAGGACGUGGGUACCCGUCAGAAGGUCAGUUGGUUCACGGCAGUGUGGUUGAAACGCUUCAUGAAGACGAUGGAGUGUCUACGUUGCCAAGUAGAACAGACGAGCAGGCGAAGUCAGAUACAGAAGAUGUCGAUUCGCUGCCGCAGAUGAAAUUGGAACCUUUGUUCGUAGAUGUCGAUUCCGAUGGAACUAAUUAUGAGAAAGAGGAUAGCCAUGAGGAUGGUGAGACAGGUGACAGUAUGGGCGUAAGAGCAUUGGAUCCAGAGAAAAGUGGCACACAGGGAGAAACCGAGUUCAUACCGGUAGAACAUCGAACUCUGGAGGAAGCGUCGCGGGACGAAGUGCAAACGGAAGAAGGCGCACAGGGACGAAAAGAAUCGGCACAGAAAGCUGAAAACGACCCGGGUGAGCGAGUAGCGAAGGGAAUCGCCCAAAAGCCCCCCGCAGGCCAGUCACGGACUAGAGUACGAGGCGAUGGCGCAGAAACGGGGCACACGUCGCCUCUCAAUGGAGACAGGAAAAUUCACGUGGGAACGAAAGCAGCAUCGGAAGCUGAACUCGAAGGCAAAUUGCAGGAACUAACAGAGCAAGAAGGAUCUUCCGAGCGGAUGAAAGAACGAGGGGCACACGACCAGAAUGAAGAACAAACGAGAAACCACAGAAACGAGAAAAGCACCGCUGAACUCGAUGAAGAAGGCAAUAGCGAGGCAGAUAGACUCAACGACUACCUGAAAGAUCCUGGGCUUGAAGAUGGAAGGCUGGAUGCUCUUCUUGUCGAAACUGAGACCAACAGGACAGAUAGUAAUGCAGACCAUAAGAAAGAAGGUAGCAGAGUAGCGAAAAUGUUUGAAGAGAUUCAUUCGGAACAGGAUGUUCAGCAGCAAACACGAGAUACUGGUAGAACAGAAGUCGACUGCGACGUUGUAGAAGAAAGGCACCAAGUGAACGGGAAACGUGGAACCCAAAGAGGAGAAGACAAAACUGAACAGCUGGAACCGGAGAUGUCAAGGAACAAAACUGAGUUGACAACCGGUGAAUUGAUGGUUGGAACAAAUCCUGGAAAAGCACUACAGGUGAAGCGCCGAAACGCGGGUGAAGCGCAGAGGUCCUCUGAAGACGAUUUGUCGGACGUGGUUCAGGAACUUGUGGCUGUUUCUGCUGCACGGGAUGGUAAAAGGAGUUCUGAAUGGCUGCCGGUGGCAGCAGAGGUGCGCGACUCGACUAGAACUUCGGUGAAUAAGAAGGAAAUCGCCUCUUUGGCAUUUUCUUCACCGGGGCUGCGGGACCGCUUCACUGUGGCGCCUGAAAGUGCAUCAUCAAAACAGGACAAAAAACUAGCCCAGACCGCAGCGGCUCAGGUAACUGCAGUACACUUAGAAAAUGUACAUUUCGAAAGCGGUCGGCGAAAAACUUUUCUGUCAACACAGCCGCUAUCGCACAUGUUGCCUGACCUUGUUGACUUUGAAAGUCUUCCCGUGUCCACCCUCAGCUUGCCUACGCCCUUAGCUUCUGAGACAGCGAAAGAGGUCUCUGACGAAGCCGGAGAUACGGUGGUUGACCCACCAUCCCCUCUCGUACUUCAUUUCAUGCAUUUGCCGAAAUCGCAGAUGAUGCUGAAUGACGUGCACUAG